AUGUCGGUAAAGAAACCAAGCCCUCAGUGGAAGAAAUUCCAGCCGCCGGUCCAAGAUCCAGCCAUUCUAGCCAUCCACCAGGAUCCCAGUCUGGUGAACAUGAACAUCAAUGCUGACCUGCAACAGAUGGUGCCUGGCUUUCCCAGGGGAGGCCGGGAGACUGGCCUCAUUGACAAGAAGCAGCAUUCCUAUGGAUUUAUCCAGUGCUGUGACCGAGACGCCAGACUAUUCUUCCACUACUCUGAGUACAAUGGCAAUGUGGAAACGCUGAAAAUUGGAGAGCCAGUGGAGUUCCAGAUGUCAUUUGACCGGCGGACAGGCAAGCCAGUAGCUGUUGGUGUGGUGAAGGUUGACCCCUCUGGCUUGUUGCCAGAAAUCCUCAGUGAAGAGAAGGUGCAGGGUACAAUUGUUCAAGAAGCUAAACAGCUGAAACAGAAAAAUGGAACUGUACCUGCUGCUCAGGAUGGCUUGGGUCGAGUGACAUACGUUCACAACGGAGAGUGUUUCUUCUUGCCAUACGGGCUAGAUGACGUAGUGGGAACAUCCACCGCCCCAAAGGCUGGAGACGAUGUGCUGUUUCAGAUUGCCACAGAUAAACGAGAUGGAAAGAUCCGGGCUCGGAAUGUGGAAUCUCUGGAAUCAGCCAACCAGCGGUAUGUGGGUGUUGUAUGUUCCAUGAAGGACACGUUUGGCUUUAUUGAGCGGGCUGACAUCGUGAAGGAGAUCUUCUUCCACUACAGCGAGUUUAAGGGUGACAUCAGCGAGCUCAUCCUCGGGGAUGAUGUUUCCUUCGGCGUGCAGAUCAGAAAUAAUAAGGAGGUGGCUGUGGAAAUCGAGCGACUGCCAGAGGGAACUGUCAUCUUUGAAGAUAUCGCUGUGGAACCGGUGAGAGGGAAAGUACUGAAAACAAUUAAGGUCAGCAACAGACGGCCCAGUGAAGCUUUGGCGGGAAGGAUCAUGUAUGAAACUCCCAAAGGGUUGAUUGAGAUUCCCUUUGGCGAGAAGGAUCAGCGGGGGGAGUGUACUCUGUUGCAGGGGGACACUGUGGAGUUCCAGAUUGCGACAGACAGACGUGACAAACUCCAACGGGCCACCAACAUUGCCCUGUUGGAGGAAACUUUCGAAUACACGGGGGAAACAAGAGAAUCUGGUGUGGUAGCUGUGCUGAAGGAUGGCUACGGUUUCAUCUACUGUGCUGACCGGGAUGCACGCAUGUUCUUUCACUUCAGCGAAUUCAUGGACCUCACCUAUAGCCCCCGCCUGCAGGACGAACUGCAGUUUACUGUGGACCAGGAUGCAUCACAACCAACUCGCCAAGUUGCAACCAGAAUCAAACACCUCAACAAGGGGUCGGUAUCAUUUAUCAAUAUUCUUCCUCCUGUCUACAUUGGCACCAUUGACAAAGAGCCGUCUACACAUAAAAAUCAAGGUAAAAACAAGGAUGGGGAGCCUGGCAACAUAAUCUACGAUUACGAAGGAACAAUUCAACAGAUUCCGUACUAUCUGAAGGAAGUGACAGACCAGAACAGUGUGCCUCACUUUGGAGACAAGGUUGAGUUUCAGAUUGGGGAAGCCAAGUCGACAAACAAGAAAGAAGCUGUGAAGGUGAAAGUGGUGCUUCGUAACAUAGCCGGCCGAUGUUUGGGCUAUAUCGCGACUCUGAAGGAGAAUUACGGCUUCAUCGAAACAGCUGAUCAUGAGAAGGAAGUUUUCUUUCAUUUCAGUUCAUUUAACGGGGACACAAAUGACCUUGAACUCGGUGACGAGGUGGAGUAUACUUUAGCCAGAAAGAGCAGCAAGGUCAGUGCCGAGAAUAUCCGCAAGCUCAACAAGCUCACCAUUUCAGCAGACGAAAUUGUUCGAGAUAAGGGUACACUUCAAGGCCGUAUAAUCCGUCCAAUGAGAAUCGUGAACACUGAACAGGAGGAGUACAGUGGACUAGUACAGGCCAUGGAUGACGACGGCAACGAUGUGGAUGAGCCGUAUCCGUACGGAAUCACCAGUCUGGCGGACAAAAGAGAUUUCCUACAGAAGGACGAUGUGGUUAGAUUCCAAGUGGCACGUGCCAAGAAAGACGGUAGCCUUAGAGCAGUUAACAUUGGAGCCUUGCGUAAAUUCAUCAGAGCUAAGGUUGACUCUGUCAAGGGACAG